AAGUCAUCGGAAAAAAUGAUUAGUUUGCAACAGAGUCUUAUGGAUAUUUUCGUAAUUCUUGAUGACUUUUUAGAUGAGGAGACGGAAGUUCUAAAACCAAAAAUUGAAAAUAUUAAAACAACGUUGCUCAGUGACUAUGAUUAUAUUGAAAAAAAAGAUGGACCCCUCUUAACGGCUGUAAUAAAUGGAAAGAUUAAAGUUGUUUCCCAAAAUAUCUUAACUACUAUUGAAGAAGUGAAACAAUUGAAUGAAGGACACGCCCAAAAGGAACAGGACGAGAAGCGAGAAGAAAGCCAAGAGGAGGAGGUUAAGGACUCUGAAGCCAAGCCUAAGAAAGCGAAGGUUUUGGAGAAGAAAUCAAUCGAAGAAGAGAAACUUGAAGACAAGAAUGAAAAACAGACGGAGUCCGGUAUUGAUAAAAAAUCUCAAAAGGCUAAGGUGUCCGAAACUGCCUCCGAAAAGAUUACUGAUGAGAAGCCACAAGAAAGCCAAAAGAAGGAGGUGUCUGAAGACAAGCCUAAGAAAACGAAGGUUUUGGCGAAGAAAUCAAUCGAAGAAGAGACCCUGGAUGAAAAUAAGGAAAAACAGACGGAGUCCGCUAUCGAUAACAAAUCCCAAAAGGCUCAGGUGUCGGAAACUGUUUCCGAAAAGAUUACUAAUGUGAAGGCAGAAGAAAGCCAACAGGAGGAGAUUAAGGACAUUGAAGCCAAGCCUAAGAAAGCGAAGGUUUUGGAGAAGAAAUCAAUCGAAGAGGAGAAACUUGGAGACAAGAAAGAAAAACAGACGGAGUCCGCUAUUGAUAAAAAAUCCCAAAAGGCUGAGGUGUCCGAAAUUGUCUCCGAAAAGAUUACUGAUGAGACGGCAGAAGAAAGCCAAAAGGAGGAGGUUAAGGACUCUGAAGCCAAACCUAAGAAAGCGAAGAUUUUGGAGAAAAAAUCAGUCGAAGAAGAGAAACUUGAAGACAAGAAAGAAAAACAGACGGAGUCCGCUAUUGAUAAAAAAUCCCAAAAGGCUGAGGUGUCCGAAACUGUCUCCGAAAAGAUUACUGAUGAGAAGCCACAAGAAAGCCAAAAGGAGGAGGUGUCUGAAGACAAGCCUAAGAAAACGAAGGUUUUGGCGAAGAAACCAAUCGAAGAAGAGACACUGGAUGAAAAGAAGGAAAAACAGACGGAGACCGCUAUCGAUAACAAAUCCCAAAAGGCUCAGGUGUCGGAAACUGUUUCCGAAAAGAUUACUAAUGUGAAGGCAGAAGAAAGCCAACAGGAGGAGAUUAAGGACAUUGAAGCCAAGCCUAAGAAAGCGAAGGUUUUGGAGAAGAAAUCAAUCGAAGAGGAGAAACUUGGAGACAAGAAAGAAAAACAGACGGAGUCCGCUAUUGAUAAAAAAUCCCAAAAGGCUGAGGUGUCCGAAACUGUCUCCGAAAAGAUUACUGAUGAGAAGGCACAAGAAAGCCAAAAGGAGGAGGUUAAGGACUCUGAAGCCAAGCCUAAAAAAGCGAAGGUUUUGGAGAAGAAAUCAAUCGAAGAGGAGAAACUUGAAGACAAGAAAGAAAAACAGACGGAGUCCGCUAUUGAUAACAAAUCCCAAAAGGCUGAGGUGUCCGAAACUGUCUCCGAAAAGAUUACUGAUGAGAAGGAACAAGAAAGCCAAAAGGAGGAGGUUAAGGAAUCUGAAGCUAAGCCCAAGAAAGCGAAGGUUUUGGAGAAGAAAUCAAUCGAAGAGGAGAAACUUGGAGACAAGAAAGAAAAACAGACGGAGUCCGCUAUUGAUAAAAAAUCCCAAAAGGCUGAGGUGUCCGAAACUGUCUCCGAAAAGAUUACUGAUGAGAAGGCACAAGAAAGCCAAAAGGAGGAGGUUAAGGAAUCUGAAGCUAAGCCCAAGAAAGCGAAGGUUUUGGAGAAGAAAUCAAUCGAAGAGGAGAAACUUGGAGACAAGAAAGAAAAACAGACGGAGUCCGCUAUUGAUAAAAAAUCCCAAAAGGCUGAGGUGUCCGAAACUGUCUCCGAAAAGAUUCCUGAUGAGAAGGCACAAGAAAGCCAAAAGGAGGAGGUUAAGGAAUCUGAAGCCAAGCCCAAGAAAGCGAAGAUUUUGGAGAAGAAAUCAAUCGAAGAGGAGAAACUUGGAGACAAGAAAGAAAAACAGACGGAGUCCGCUAUUGAUAAAAAAUCCCAAAAGGCUGAGGUGUCCGAAACUGUCUCCGAAAAGAUUACUGAUGAGACGGCAGAAGAAAGUCAAAAGGAGGAGGUUAAGGAAUCUGAAGCCAAGCCCAAGAAAGCGAAGGUUUUGAAGAAGAAAUCAAUCGAAGAGGAGAAACUUGGAGACAAGAAAGAAAAACAGACGGAGUCCGCUAUUGAUAAAAAAUCCCAAAAGGCUGAGGUGUCCGAAACUGCCCCCGAAAACAUUACUGAUAAGAAGACAAAGGAAAGCAAAAAGGAGGAGGUGUCUGAAGACAAGCCUAAGAAAACGAAGGUUUUGGCGAAGAAACCAAUCGAAGAAGAGACACUGGAUGAAAAGAAGGAAAAACAGACGGAGACCGCUAUCGAUAACAAAUCCCAAAAGGCUCAGGUGUCCGAAACUGCCUCCGAAAAGAUUACUGAUGAGACGGCAGAAGAAAGCCAAAAGGAGGAGGUUAAGGACGCUGAAGCCAAGCCUAAGAAACCUAAGGUUUCAGAGAAGAAAUCAAUCGUAGAAGAGAAAUUGGAUGAAAAGAAAGAAAAGCAGACCGAGACUAAGGAAGUCACUGAUACCAAAUCCCAAACGGCUGAGGUUUCUGAAAUCGUUUCGGAAAAGAUAUCGAAAGAGAACACAGAAGAAAGCCAAAAGGUUGAAGUUAAGGACAAAUCAAAAAAGACGAAGGUCCUGGAGAAUUCAGAUGUUGCCGAGGUUGUUCCCGAAAAAAUAUCUGAAGAGAAGGUUGCUGAAAUAAAAACUCCCGAAUCUAAGGACUCAAAGGCUAAAUCUAAAAAUUCGGCUGCACUGAAGAAGAAAUCAGUUGAUGAAGGUUCAAAGGAGCAAAAACCACAUGGAAUUCCUGCCGAUGAAAAGAGACACGGGGCUAAGGUUCUUGAUUCUGUUCCUGUUAAGAAUGAAGCUGAGAAAACAGAUCAACUUGCAGCAAAGAAACCAAGUGUUCUGGAUGAGGACCUGGUUGUUCCAAAAGGAAAGCCAUAUGAGGCUGAACAAAGUGCAGAUUCUGUUAGCCUGCAAACGUACAAGUCCAUGGACUCGGAGUACAAGGACCGAAAGGAAUCCCGAAGUGCCAAGCGGAAGCCCACUGUUGACAUCCAACUAACCAAUCGAAACACGGCGUCUGGCAGCGACCUCAAGCUGACUUGUGGGCUAUCGGGUCACGAGAUGAAUGUGCAAUGGUUCAAGGAUAACUGCCCCAUCGAGAAUGGUGCCAAGUACAGGAGAACAUUGAACGACGGACUGUCGUGCCUUGAAAUCAAAUCGGCCGAACUGGGUGACUCUGGCAUUUACCGAUGCAUAGCGUCCAAUCAAAAUGGAGAAGUCGAAACUAGCUGUCUUGUGACUAUAUACGAAGCACCUUCAAGUAAAUUUGGCACUCCGCCCAUAUUUACACGCAACAUUAGAGAUGCAUAUCAUUCCCAGGGUAACCAGCUCACAUUGGAGUGCAAGGUAUCUGGCAGUCCCAAGCCACAUAUUUACUGGCAGAGGGAUAACACCCUACUGCCCAUUGAGGGCACCAAGUACCAGUAUGAGGAGCAAAGCGACGGAGUGAAACUCCUGACCAUUAACAACUUUGGCAGCAGUGAUUCCGGCUUGUAUACUUGCUAUGCGGAGAGUGAAAAUGGCCAAAUGAAGAUCAGCAAAUUUGUUCAGUCCUCUGAUUAUGUUAGAGAGAGAAUUGCCGAUAAGAAACCGAUUGACAAGGUCAUCCAGGAGAUCAAACGGGAUGAAUCCUCCAGUGCCGCGGCGAACGACACUGCAGCCGCCAAGGCGAAGGCUCGUGAGGCGAAGUUGCGACUGAAUCUGGAGACCAGCUUAAAGACCAUGACCAUCGGAAGUGGUAAUAAGGCUCAGCUCAUCUGCUAUGUGACUGGCAUCAUCGAGGAUGUUCACUGGCUGAGGAACGAUGAGCGGGUGACGAAGGAUGCCCGCCACAAGAUCUACAACAUAAACGGAGCCAUCAGCCUGGAAAUCUACGAUGCCCGGGUGGAGGACAGUGGCCACUACCGAUGCGUGGUGAAGAACAGCCGGCAGACGGUGGAAAGUGCUGGCCAGCUAAGUGUGCUGGAUCAGUCCACGGGAAAGUUGCCGGAAAGCUUCUCCAGUGGUAUUAUAGAAUCCUACGAUGACCAGCGUAAUGAGAUCGUUCUUAGUUGCCAGGUGAUUGGACGCCCGAGUGUCAGCUGGAUGCGUGAUGACCACUCCAUAUGCAACAACCGGUACAGAACAAUAGAAGAACCAGGUGGUGUAAGAAAGUUGGUAAUACGCAAUCCCAUAUCCUCCGAUUGUGGCAUCUUCGCCUGCUAUGCAGAGCACGAGGAUCGGAUUGACUCCACCAGCAUCACCAUCAAGGCGGCCGAUCUUAAGCGCCUGAUUAACGUCAGUAAGGAGGAGAUUCCAAGCAUCGGCGAUCAUGAGAGCACGCCUUGGUCACGUAGCCAGUCGCAUUUGAGUUCCGGAAGCCAGGUUAACGGCAACGGAGAACUUCAUCGCGCCGGAGAUCGUGUCCUGCGCAGCGUGGGCAAGGGAAAGCCACUCUUCCACACUCUAUUGCACGAUCGCACUGUUUCGGAGGGAGCCAAUCUCCGGCUGCUCUGCGCCGUAUCCGGAGACGAGAAUACCCACAUUGAGUGGUUGAAGAACCACAAACCUCUGCCCAGGAGCGACAAUCGCUAUCAGACACUCUACCUGAAUGGAGAAGCCUCGUUGGAGAUCUUCGCUGCGGUGGCCGAUGAUAGUGGCAACUAUACCUGCUGUGCCACCAACGAUUUUGGAGAGAGUUUAACCCAUGCCCAGCUGCGGGUAUACAAACACUUCAAGGAAGCCCCAUUGCCAAGUACUUUUACGCAGCCAAUCCGAGACACAUAUUCUCUCAACGAGAAUGAGUUGGUUCUGGAUUGCCGCGUACGUGGCCAGCCGCGUCCCGAAAUCCAAUGGAUCAAGGGCACGGAGCCCAUCGAGGCCAGCGAGAAGUUCAAGCUGAGCGAUCAGGCCGAUGGCUAUGCCAAGCUGGUCAUUGUGAAUCCCACAGAGAAGGAUUCGGGCAUCUAUUGGUGUGUGGCCCGCAACGAGGGUGCGGAGAACAAGAUCUCCCAUCAGGUGGACUUCAAGGGACGCCAGCACUACUCGCUGGAGAAGACGCACGGAUUCUUCCAUCGCGAUCCCAACAAGCCGCACUUCCUGCUGCCAUUGGGCAACCAGACGGUCUGCAACGGUGGCACCGUGGCCAUUUCCGCCGAAUUCAUGGAGACCAGCACACCCAUCGAGGUCAAGUGGCUUCGCGAUCGCAGGGUGGUGGAUGGACCCAACGUCAAGGCCCUGGCCGAUCGCGGUGUCUACACGCUGACCAUCAUGAAUGCCGGUCCCGAGGUGGAGGGCACCUAUACCUGCCGCGCCUCCAAUGCCUUUGGUCGCAUCGAAUCCAAUGUCAACGUCGAUGUGGCCGUCGGAGCCGAGAAGGAUGAGCGUCCUCCGCUGUUCCUCUCGCGACCGGACACCGAAAUGAAGAUCGCCGUCGGUGAUCCCUUCUCGCUGUCCUUCCGCAUUGCCGGCGAUCCGAAACCAAAACUGACCUUCAUGAAGGGCACGAAGGACAUUACCCAGUCGGAUCGGGUCAGCAAAGAGGUGUCCGAUGACUACACAAGAUUCUCAGUGCAGCAAGCCCAGAUCUCCGAUUCUGGCACCUACUUCGUGGUAGCCCGCAACAACUUUGGCACCGACAGGAUAUUCGUCACUGUGACGGUAAAUCCGCGCGCUCGAUCCGCAACGCCAACGCAACCACGCUGGGGUCUGCCCCUGGACAGCUAUAGCGACACCUCGUACUUCAGAGAUCCACCGGGUUGCAUUUCCACCGAGCCACUGGUCGUGGAUUCCGGACCCACCCACAUCUCGUUGUCGUGGGGCAAGCCGGUUAGUGCCAACUCUGCUCCGGUGAUGGCCUACAAGGUUGAGGCCUGGGUGGUGGGUCACGAGGGCGGAGCCUACUGGCGAGAGUUGGGUCUAACGCCCAUUAACUCCUUCGACGCCUUCAACCUGAAGCCCAACGUUGAGUACCACUUCCGAGUGACGCCCAAGAACCGAUAUGGCUGGGGACCCACCGUCCAGACCAGCAGUCCUCUCCAAGUGGGCGGCGUCGAGUGCCUGCCGGAGUUCGUCAAGAUCCUGCCGGGACAGGCCAAGGCACUGUUGGGCUCCUCCUUCACGCUGCAGUGCAACAUGCGUGGAGCGCCAAGGCCCCAGGUCACCUGGUUCAAGGAUGGCAUUCAGCUGAGCAGCAGUUCGGAACGCGUCAAGAUCCGGCAGAUCGGUUCGACCUGCGCCCUCACCAUUGCCACCGUCAGCGAACUGGACUCGGGUCGUUACACCUGCGAGGCGACCAACUCGAAGGGCAGGGUUUCCACAUUUGCCCGCCUCCAAGUCGUCUCUGAUUCGAGAAUCUAUGAGGCAGAUUCACGUCUAAAGGAGAUCGCCCAUGGUCGCAACGAAGCCGAUGUCGGUGACUCGCUGCCUAUCUUCACCAUGCGCCUAAGGGAUCGACGCGUCCAGGUGACCUACCCGGUACGACUUACCUGCCAGAUCGUGGGCUAUCCCGUCCCAGAGAUCUUGUGGUACAAGGACGAUGAGCUCAUCCACACUGAUAGAAAGCAUCUGAUCAGCGCCGAGGGACAGUUCUUCACGCUGGAAAUUGCAGCAACCACGCUGGACGACAGCGGCACGUACACCUGCCUGGCGAGGAACGAACUGGGCUCCGUAUCCUGCCACUGCACCCUGGUGGUGGACAAGGGCAUUCGAGCGUACAUCUCACCCGAUUUCUAUGUGCCCCUGGAUCCCUUCUAUAUAUUCCGCGAGGGAUCCGAGAUCCGCCUGUCCACAAAGGUCGAGGCCUAUCCAUCCGUAGGUGUCACCUGGCAUCGCAACGGAAUGCGCCUGCGACCCAGCCGUCGUCUGACCGCUACCUUGGACUCCAAUGGUUAUGUGGAGCUCAUCAUUGCCGAGGCCACGGUGCGCGAUGCAGGCAUCUAUGUGUGCGUUGCAUCCAAUGUCGUGGGUAAAGUGGAGACCAUUUGCCGCGUGGCCAUUGAGGAGGAGGAGAACAAGGCAGUGGCUCCACAACGAUCCCUGGAAAUUCCCAGCAUUAAGACUGAUGAUCUGCCUUAUUCCAAGGAGCCCCUGUUUGUGGUCAAGCCCCGAUCCAGCGAGGCCUACGAGGGUGACAACGUCAUCAUAUUCUGCGAGGUGGUCGGCGAUCCCAAGCCCGAAGUCGUUUGGCUGCGCGAUUUUCUAAAUCCGGAGUACUACAAGGACGCGCCACACUUCCGGCGAAUUGGAGACGGACCCGAGUACAGGCUGGAGAUACCCAGCGCCAAGUUGGAUUUCACCGGCACCUAUUCCGUGAUAGCCAGCAAUUGCCAUGGCGAGGAAAAGGCUGUAAUAUCGCUACAAAUAUUCGCUAAAGAUAUACUCAACAAAAGCCGCAUGGAUAAAGUGCACACGAGACAUGGCAACAUCGAGACCCUUCCCCGAUUCGUUCGCAACUUGCGAAACCUACGCUGUUGCGAUGGGGAUGCGAUAUCGCUGGAAUGCCACGUUGAGGCCGAUCCGGAGCCAUUCAUCAUCUGGGAAAAGGAUGGGCAUGUUGUGCCCAGCGAUCGAGACUACGUGAUGUCCUUCGAUGGGACAAAGGCCACGCUGAGCAUACCGCGCGUGUAUCCGGAGGAUGAGGGCGAGUACACGUGCGUGGCCAAGAACUCGGUGGGCCGCAGUCUCUCCUCCGCCUGCAUUAUUGUGGACGUGCCCGAGGAGAAGGAAAAUAUGCUCAGUCGCCAGCUAGCGCGUCCCAGUGGCCUGCUCUCCGCCCACUCCACGCCCCGUUCCACGCCGAGAUCCACGCCCGCCAGAAGUUUCUCUCCCCUGCGCCUCUCGUACCGCACCAGCAGCAUCGAUCUGUCCGGCGUGGCGGAACGCAGGCGUAGUGAUGCCCGGAAUGCCAUCACGGCGCCCAAGUUUCUCGCCAUUCCCUACAAUCGCGUCGUCGAGGAGGGCGACAGUGUGCGCUUCCAGUGCGCCAUCUCCGGACAUCCCACACCGUGGGCGACAUGGGACAAGGAUGGCCUGAUUGUGACACCCACGCCGCGCAUUGCCGUCAAGGAGAUCGAUGACCUACGCAUCAUAGAGAUCGAUGAGGUGACCUUCGACGAUGCCGGCCUGUAUCGCGUUACGCUGGAGAACGAUUUCGGGCGUAUUGAGGCCACCGCUCGCUUGGACGUCAUCCGCAGCUCCCGCUACUCCAAGUCGCCUUCGGUGCGCAGCGUGCGUGCCUCCUCCUCCCGCCGCAAUGCCCACUUGUACAGGCGCAUCAUGGGUCCAUCCACAGCAAUUGGCGGACGCAUGGCUCUGGCAAGUGGCUAUCGGGGUUCCUCGGUGCCCUCGGUGAGAUUCUAUCACAACGACGUGGAGCUGGAGGCCUCGGAACGAGUUCACAUCCUGCUGCAGGACUCGAUGGCCCUGCUCAUAGUGGACAAUGUGACGCGCGAGGAUGAGGGCCAGUACACCUGCAUCAUAAGCGGCGAACACGAUCCGCUCAUCACUUCCACCACAGUCACCUUCCACGACUCGAAUACGGAGAUUCCCAGACGUUGUGCCGUCAUCACGGAACCACUGCCCGAGAUUACUAAAUCGCUGGAGGGCGAGGUGAUCGAUCUGUGCUGCUCCAUCGAUUGCGAUGAGCCCUACAGCUACGUUUGGUUGCGAAAUGGCGAGAUUCUGCCGGACAGCGAUGAGUUCAAUUACAUUGAUCACGGCAAUGGACGCCUCUGCCUGCGCAUCAACGACGCCUUCGACAUUGACUCCGGCACCUACAGCUGUCAGGUGUUUACCAGCGACAUCAACGACUCCGACUCCGACUACCAUUCGAUCUGCAGCGCCAUCAACAGCGGAUGCGAUUGCAGCAGCAGCGGUGAGCUGUGCGUCCUGGAGCGGGAUCUUCGUGGCCAGGACGAGGAGUGUGUCCAGCUGCUGAAGACGCCACUUCCGGUGGUCUGCGCAUCCGGCGAUGAAGCUCUCUUCUACGCCCGUGUUUUCCCCUGCGAUGCGGAAGCCGACUGGUAUCUCAAUGGCCAGCUUUUAGCCCAGGCGGAUGACUCACUUAACAUGACGUUGGAGUCUUAUCCCGAGAACGGCAUUCGGCUUCUGCGCAUGCGCGACGUGACCGCAUCGAGAAGCGGCGAGAUCUGUCUGCAGGUGAAGCAUCCCCAGGCGGAGUCCCGUCGAAUCCCGACCACACGAACCUACACCAGCCUCCUGGUACUGCCCGCCAUCCGGGGCAACAGCUCCAGUUCCUCGCUGGCGGCCAGAAGCUGCAUUUUGACACGCCCCGAGGACUGCACCGCCCUGAUCGGUGGACAUGUUCGGCUGAGCGUUCGCUACGAGCCAUUCCCGGGCACCAAAGUCAUCUGGUACAAGGCGUGUCAUCCCAUUGUGGAGAGCUCCAAUGUGACGAUCCGGACGACGAGCCAACAGUCGACGCUCUACAUCACGGACAUCUCGGCGGACGACAGCGGCAAGUACACGGUUGAGGUGAUGAACGACUAUGGCGUGGAGGCAGCCGCUGCCUCGGUGGCAGUGGAAGGUCCUCCGGAGCCACCAAGUGGCCAGCCCAGUGUAUCACUGGGUCCAGAUCGCGUGGCAGUGGCCUGGUGUGGUCCACCCUACGACGGUGGCUGUAUGAUCACAGGUUUCAUCAUUGAGAUGCAGACCAUUGGCGAUGAGAACUGCGAUGAGGACAACUGGCAGCAGGUGACCCGAGUGGUGGACAGCUUAGCGUACACCGUCAAGAACCUCCAGCCGCAGAGGCAGUACCGAUUCAGAGUGCGUGCCGAGAAUAUCCACGGACGCAGUGCACCCGGCCAGACCAGCGAACUGGUACAGAUAACCAAUACGCCACAGAGGAGCACAUCCUCUGAUGCCAGCGAUCGUUUUGGACAGGCGACAGUUAGCGUGCAGUCUGGUGGAGAUUUCAAAUCCCGCUUCGAGAUCAUCGAGGAGCUGGGCAAGGGACGAUUUGGCAUCGUUUACAAGGUGCAGGAGCGCGGUCAGCCGGAGCAGCUGCUGGCCGCCAAGGUGAUCAAGUGCAUCAAGUCGCAGGAUCGGCAAAAGGUGCUCGAGGAGAUCUCCAUCAUGCGCGCACUGCAGCAUCCCAAGCUCCUCCAGCUGGCUGCCUCCUUCGAAAGUCCCAGGGAGAUUGUCAUGGUGAUGGAGUACAUCACUGGCGGAGAACUAUUCGAACGUGUGGUGGCUGACGACUUCACCUUGACCGAAAUGGACUGCAUCCUGUUCCUGCGACAGGUUUGCGAUGGCGUGGCCUACAUGCACGGCCAGAGUGUGGUGCAUCUCGAUCUGAAGCCGGAGAACAUAAUGUGCCAUACGCGCACUAGCCACCAGAUCAAGAUCAUUGACUUUGGUCUGGCCCAACGACUGGAUACGAAAGCACCCGUCCGGGUUCUCUUUGGAACCCCCGAGUUUAUACCACCAGAGAUCAUUAGCUACGAGCCCAUAGGUUUCCAGUCCGACAUGUGGAGUGUGGGCGUCAUUUGCUACGUGCUACUCUCGGGUCUGUCGCCUUUCAUGGGCGAUACCGAUGUGGAAACCUUCUCGAAUAUAACUAGAGCGGAUUACGACUACGAUGACGAGGCCUUCGACUGCGUUUCGCAAGAGGCCAAGGAUUUCAUCUCGCAGCUACUGGUCCACCGGAAGGAGGACCGCCUGACCGCCCAGCAAUGCCUGGAGUCCAAGUGGCUGAGCCAACGACCAGACGAUAGUCUCAGCAACAACAAGAUCUGCACGGAUAAGCUGAAGAAGUUCAUCAUUCGGCGCAAGUGGCAGAAAACCGGAAACGCCAUCCGUGCUCUGGGUCGCAUGGCCAAUCUGUCGGUGUCGCGAAGGAACUCAGCCAUUGCCAUGGGAGUACUGAGCAGUCCAAGGCCAUCGAUAUCGGGUCUGGGCAUGCUGACCGCCAGUGCCAUUGGGGGUGGAACCAGCACCCAGAUGACAUCGCUCCACGAAGAAGAGGACGACUUCAGCGGCGAGAUGCCGCCAGUGGAGAAGCGCACCGUUCUCAAGCUGCGAGAUAAAUCCCAGUGCAGUGAACGCAGUGAUUCUGGCUACAGUGAGUGUUCCAACUGCAGUGGAGCCCAGGAGACGCUGCUACUCUCGCUGGCCAAGUCCAAACUGGAGGCUAUAGCGAAGGCGAGCACCUUGCCCACGGUGGUGCACGAUACGGAGCAACCCGUUAGCCUGGAGCUGCCCACCAAGGGCGAGGCCAUCAUGCGCUCCGACUUUACCAACACCAUCAAGAUGCGCAAGAAGUCACUGGAGGACAGCGCUGCGCGGGAGAAGCCCAAGUCCAAGCCCCAGAUCAAGCCGCUCUUGUGUGAGUCCAAGCUGAAGGUGUCCCAGCUGAAGGACAGGUUCCAGGUGUCCCCUGCUCCUGCUUCUGCAUCUGCAUCCGCAUCCGCUGCUAACAAACCUCCGCUUGCCUUUGGGCCCUUCAAAAUAGCCAAGGUGGCGAGUGUGGGACGCAUCAGUAGAACAGAGGAGUCGGGAAGGAGCGGUAGAGGCACACCCAGUGGAUCCGGCAAAGGCAAGCCACCCCAGGUGCGUUCCAUGCCCAGCUCCCCGCUGCCCCAGCGAUCCGCCACGCCGACGCGGCUGAUGAGCCAACGUGUCCGCGAGGCGGCCGAGCGUCUUGCCCAACAGCACACGGUGGCCAGUGCUCAGCGGCACUUGGGCAAUGGGAGGGGCACCGGCACCGGCACUGGCAAUGGCAACAGCAAUGGCAAUGGAAAUGGCAACAUCAAUGGCAAUGGCAAUGGUAAUGGGAACACGGCGGAGACGAAUCGCGAAUCACGCGCGCGACGUCUCAUCAAGCGAUUCAAUAGCGAAACGCAGCAUAUCACGUCCUAGUUUAAGUCGGUUAAAUGCCGACGAGCAUAACUUUAUUACAGAUAAAGCAGAUAUAGCAGAUAUAGCAUUGUUUAGGUAAAAAAUAUAUAUAUACCCCGGAGAAACUCUACGAAACACUCGAAUAUGAAUGCGACUGCGGAUCAGCAUCCCGCCCACCCAGCAUCCUGGAUCGCGGAUCCAUAAUCCACAGACCCGCACACACACCCACUCACAGUAGGAUAUAUAUGUAUGUCUGCAUUCAAGCGGAUGCACUCCCUCCGGUCAGAGGGAACUGUACUUAGGCUAGAGGAAGCUAAGUGUUUAAAUUAUUGUAUCGAUUUAUAUACAUAUUUACCAUACUAAUUAAAGUUAAUGUAACGAAACGCA